UGACGAACUUCCCCAUGGACCGACACGAAUGCGUCGUGGAGUACUGUGCCAUACUGGACCCGGUGAAGGACGUGAACCUCACCGUCGGCGAUACGGGCACUGAGGCCAACGAGGACUCGGAGUUUCGGCUCGUCUCCCUCACCUCCAAGACAGAGAUAAACGAAUUUGAGGAGUACGGCAGCUACUCUUCGGUGGUCUACCGCUUCGUCCUGCAGAGACGCAACCUGUUCCAACACUUCACGCUCCUCAUUCCGGCGGUCGGCGUGGUGCUGCUUAGCCUACUCACACUGUGGCUGCAGCCAUUGUCGGAUCGGCGUUUCGCCGUAGCUGGCGCCACGUUCCUGGUGUCGCUGCUGUUGCUGUACCGGGCUGACGACGUGGCAGCUGGGUCCACGCAAGUGCCGAAAAUAACCAUUGUAUUGAGUACCAACGUGUUGAUCAACGCGCUGACAAUCGUUGCCACCAUCGUCAACAUGAACCUCACCAGGUUCUUACCAACGGUGCGGGCGCUACCUCCGGUUGUCUGCAAGGUCGCGGGAUUGAUCGCCACUGGUGUGCCCCUGGUGUGUCCAGGACCGAAAGUCUCUGCUGAAAGCACCGCGGACGACGUAGCGCGUACUGUGACCAAGGCACUCGAUCGCGUAUUCUUCGUGGCUUGCUUAACUACAUUCACCGCCAUCGUAGCAGUGUAGUGAAAACAAACAAAAAACUCGACCCCGUGUCUGCAUGUAAUC